AUGGCCAAGUUUUUCAUCACUGCUAUGGUUCUGCUGAACGUCGUUCUGGUAGCGGCGUCUCCUCAUGGCCACCACACCUCUCACGCUCGCUAUCCCAAAUCCGCUCGUCCAAGCAAAACCGCUCCUGCAAGCCACCCCAGUCCUCUCCCCAGCGGCACCAAUCCUGUCCCAAGCAACAGCACCGGCGGCGGCUGCGUUAUCACCAAGUACGAAGACAUUGCGAAUGCUGUCAAGACAUGCACCGCUAUCACGCUCUCUAACAUUGCCGCGCCCGCCAACGGUGCUAUUGACCUCUCCGACCUUAAGCCGGGCACUACAGUCACAUUUGCCGGCACGACCACCUUUGCCAAAACUGAGGACAGCAAUUUCGACCCCAUCAUCAUUUCUGGAACCGACAUCACUGUUACUGGCGCCCCCGGAAAUGUGAUUGAUGGCAAUGGCCCCGCUUAUUGGGACGGCCAGGGAUCCAACGGCGGUAGCCCGAAGCCUGACCACUUUAUUGUUGUCAAGAAGACUACCAACUCCAAGAUCAACAACCUGAACAUUAAGAACUGGCCCGUCCACUGCUUCUCCAUAACUGGCAGCAAGGAUCUCACCGUCUCCGACCUCGUCCUGGACAACUCUGCCGGUGACGCGCCCAACGCCAAGAGCGGCGGCAAGCCCGCUGCCCACAACAGUGACGGCUUCGACAUUUCGUCCUGCGACAACGUUGUGCUGAGGAACAUUAGGGUCAUCAACCAGGACGACUGCGUCGCCAUCACCAGCGGAACCAAUAUCACUGUCGACAGGGUGUCCUGCGUCGGAGGUCACGGCAUAAGCCUUGGCUCGAUCGGCGGCAAGAGCAACAACGUCGUUGACGGUGUUAUGUUUUCCAACUCACAUGUCGCCAACAGCGCCAACGGAUGCCGCAUCAAAACCAACUCCGGCGCCACUGGCUCAGUCAACAACGUUACAUACAAGAACAUCACUCUGACCGACAUCGACACGUACGGUAUUGAUAUCCAGCAGGACUACCUCAAUGGCGGACCGACUGGCAAGCCUACAAACGGAGUCAAGAUAAGCGGCAUUUCAUUCAUCGAUGUGACUGGAACCGUCAAGCCCGAAGCUGUCCCCAUGAACAUACUCUGCGGUGAAGAUAGCUGCAAUCAAAUCACCUUUGAGAAUACCAAGAUCACGGGUGGAAAGACCAGCACUUGCAACUCCCCCGCCAGCGGAUGCCCAUCAUAA